AUGAUUAUACUUCCAAUCCUUGCCUGUAGGUCCCUGUUGCUGAAGAGCUUUUUAGAGCCAAAGAUUGCCAUGAUUGAGCAAAUGGCCCAAGGUUUAAGCCUAUUUGGAGUUCUUGAUAUGAUGAGAAAGCAUAGCUCACUAUUGGCAAGUGUGUUCACGUUUGAGGGAUGGCACGAUAUUACCUCUGAAGAGUUAAUACACCUGAUGGUCCCCCAAUACAGUGAUGAAGGUACAAAGAUGAAGGACUGGGAAAUAAAUGUUUUCAAACAUUUAAUGGAUUUUAUCACCUCUCUGCAAUAUGCAGGUAAAGAACUAACUUACUUAAUAUGCAAACCAUACUAUCCAUCAAUUCUAUAAAUUGUAGUUUGUUAUACUAACACAAUAUGUUAUGUCAGUGCUGGCCAUCAGUUGUGUGACACAGUUAUUGAAUUCUAUCCUAUUCUUGGGUGGAUUAUUUUCAUACAUAUCCCUGUUACAUUUGCCCAAUGGACUAUUAGUGUGUAUUGUUUUUGACCUUCAAAACAACACAAAAUUCUAUCAGGCAAAUGUGACGCCUGUACGCUUAUGCUUCCUAUAAAAUCCACCUCCCCUCUCUCCCUUAAAAAAUUUUAAAUGCUGAUUGGUGGAGAUAACAAAUGAACAUGGUACAUAUCUUGUUUACUCUUACUUAAUGGUAAUUCAUUCAUGUUUACUCUAAUUCACUGCAUAACAACUUUUUUUCUCAAUUGAUUUCUUAUUAGAACCAAAGGAACAUGGAGUCUCUGUGAAGGAUGUCAUGAAGUUUAUCACUGGUACAAACAAAGUGCCACCCUUAGGGUUCCCAAAACAUAUCAAUGUUUCCUUUCUUCAUGGCUGCAAAGAAAACUGCAGGUGCAGACCAACCUCAUCAACCUGUGAGUUGACAAUGUACUUGCCAGUACAUUACCAGAGUUAUGGAGCUGUAGCAGACAUAUUCAUGUCUGUAUUACGAGAUUGUCAAGGCUUUGGUAAAAUCUGA